AUAUGCAAAAAAUGAUGCAUCUUAUAAAGAUAAUAAAAUGAAAGAAAUGAAGUGGGAAUCGAUUGCUGAGUCUUUGAAUUGCACAACCAAUGAAGCAAAGAAACGUUGGGAUUGCUUAAGAAAUCAAUUUAGUAGAAAAUUGAGAGCUCAGAAAAUCCAGCCAUCAGGUUCUGGACAAACAUCAGAAUGGCCUCUUAUGUCAUACAUGUCAUUUCUUAAGCCUCACAUUCAAAACAGAAAAACAAGAGGUUCAUUGCUGCAAAUUGCAUCGUCCAGAUGUAGUGAAACUUCUAGCAGUUGUUCAAUAAAUUCAUCUAUUCCUCAGUCACCUACCGAUGUCAUUACAAGUCAUUGUCAAUUUCCAGCCUCUUACACUUACUCUGCUAGAUUUUCUGACUGGAAUGAUGAUUGCAAUGCAUCAUUAACCGUUGAGAAUUUGAAUACUUCUACAGAAGAUACAGCACAGUCUGAAUCAAGUGGAGUUUUUACUACAGAAAAAGAGAACAUUGGAUCCACUUUGCAGACCUCCACUUCACAUAUUUCCACUCCACAAACUUCCAAAAAAUCCAAUUAUCAAGAAGGGGUUCCAAAAUCUGCAAAGCGAAUUUUGGUACCCCCUCUUGAUAAUUUUGCAAAAAAAAAGAAAGCUAGUAAUGAACGUUUGGAAGAUCUGCUUAAUAAAUCAUCACAAGCCAUUAGUGAUCUGGCAACAACAUACAAGGAUAAAGAAAUUAAAGAAAAAGAAGGAUUUUCUGAUGCAAAUACAAUUGUGAUUUCACAAGCUUUAAAAACAGUGAUGCCAGAAAAUCAAUUAUCCUGCCUGAUAGCUGUGUUGCAGCUCAUUGAAAAAUUCAAGGAAUAAAUACUCAUUGUAUUU